AUCUUUCUAUUCCUCACCUCUCACUCCUCUCCUCUGCCCUCAGAAAACCCUAGACCUUUAGGGUUUUAGUUUUAGUUUUUCCUCUCUCUGUUUUCAGACCUUAGCUACCUCCUCCUUCUUCUUAUUCUUCUUCUUCUUCUAUACAAUGGGCAAGUCAAGUAAGAAGUCGGCUACUAAAGUUGAUUCAGCUCCUCCUGCUGUUCUUCCACCGUCCAAGUCUGCCAAGAAAGGCAAGAGAGAAGCUGAACAACAGCUAGAGAAGCAAGUUGCAAAAAAGCAGAAGGGGGUUGAGGGUGUAGAGCAGGCUGUUGUGAAGCAGAAGGUUGAAGUGAAGACACAAAAGAAGAAGAAGGUGGAAACCAGUAGCUCAGAAGAUGGUUCUUCAUCUGAGUCUGAGGAAGAGGUCAAAAUAAGCAACAAGAAGAAGCCUCCUGUGGAGGAGUCCAGUGAUGAUUCUUCAGAUGUUGAGUCCAGUGAUGAUUCUGAUGAUGAGCCUGCUUCAAAGAAACCUGCAGGUGCUGCUAAAAAUGGAACCCUUGGUGCCCCAGCUAAGAAGGGAGUGCCUGCGCCAAAGCUUCCCGAGUCUGAUGAUGAUUCCUCUGAUGAUGACUCUAGUGAUGAGUCUUCAGAUGAUGAGCCUUCUACAAAAAAAGAGGUAGUUGCUGCUAAAAAUGGUGCCCUUGCUAAGAAGGGAGUGGUUGCAGCAAAGCCUGUUCUGAAAGAGUCUUCAGAUGAUGAAUCUUCAGAUGAUGACUCUAGUGAUGAAUCUUCGGAUGAGGAGCCUAAUAAAAAAAAACAGGCAGUUGCUGCUAAAAAUGGUAAGGUUGCUGCCCCCGCUAAGAAAGUCGAAGUUGAAUCAUCUGACAGUUCAGAUUCAGAUGAUACAGAGUCAGAUAAACCAACUGCCACAAAGAAAGUAUCUGAUGCUGCCCCUCCAAAGAAAGUGGACGACAGUGAUAGCUCCUCUGAUAGUGAAUCUGAAGAUAGUGAAUCUGAAGAGGAAAAGCGUGCUCCUGAUUCAAAGAAAAGUAGCAAUUCAGAGGAGGAAUCUGAGGAAGAUACAGAUGAAUCUGAUGAAGAUAGUGAGGAAAAACCCUCCAAGACUCCAAAGAAAAAUAACACUGAUGUGGAAAUGGCAGAUGCCGUGUCACCAAAGACCAAGCAGACUGAUUCAAAAUCUGAGAAGAAAGCUCCUCAAACCCCUGUUACUCCUCAAGGUCAAACUACAUCAAAGACUCUGUUUGUUGGCAAUCUUUCAUUCAAUAUUGAGCAAACUGAUGUGGAAAAUUUCUUUAAAGAUGCUGGUGAAAUUGUUGAUGUUCGGUUUGCUUCAGAUGCGGAUGGGAGAUUUAAGGGCUUUGGACAUGUUGAAUUUGCAACAGUAGAAGCCGCACAAAAGGCUGUUAGUUUGAAUGGUCAAGAUUUGCUAGGCCGUGCUGUUAAACUUGAUUUUGCUCGUGAAAGGGGGCAAUAUACCCCACAUGACGGUAAAGAGAGUGGCAACUCAUUCCAAAAGGGAGGAGGAAGAGGUCAGGCCUAUACAGCAUAUGUGCGAGGUUUUGAUAAAUCUCUUGGGGAGGAUGAGAUUAGGAGUGCCCUGGAAGAACAUUUUGGUUCUUGUGGAGAUAUUACAAGGAUGUCCAUCCCAAAAGAUUAUGACUCUGGUGCUAUUAAGGGGUUUGCUUAUGUGGACUUCGACAGUACUGAUGGUUUGAACGGUGCUCUAGGACUUGAUGGAUCUGAACUUAAUGGUUAUGGACUGAAUGUAGAAGAAGCAAGGCCACGAGGUGAUGGUGCAGGUAGUGGUAGAGGUGGUGGAGGAAGAAGUGGUGGUGGGAGAAGUGGUGGCAGAGAUAGUGGUGGUCGGUUUGGUGGAAGACGUGGAGGUGGCCGAGGAGGUGGCGGUGGUCGUUUUGGUGGGGGUGGUGGUCGUUUUGGUGGUGGAGGGAGGGGACGUGGAACACCUUAUAAGCAAAGCUUUGGAUCAACUGGGAAGAAGACGAAGUUUGACGAUGAUGAGUAAGAAAUAAUGAAUUCAUAUGAGCGGAACUCAAUUUUUGGUUAGAAGUUAUUUGUAAUAGUUUUGGUAGAUGGUAAUUUUAUAUAAGAUUAGGUGAAUGGAUUGGACUUGUGGGAGACGAUUACAACUCUUCUCUUGUAAUGCAAUUGAUGAUGCAGUGGUUGGAAACACCUGGAUUUAAUUUAUAUAAUUAUUAUGAAUGUUA